GUUCCAUGGAGUUGGACUAAAAUAAAGUUUUGGGAUGUCUCUAUUUGGAUUAAAAUUUGGAAAGAAGAAAUUGAAAGAGGAAGAGAGACAACUUCAAGCAAACAACCGGGAUUUUAAUCUGCAGUUUGAAUAUGCUAACAAUUCAAUUAAAACAUCGAAAUACAAUUUCUUCACUUUCCUGCCUCUCAACCUGUUUGAGCAGUUUCAGCGAAUAGCCAAUGCUUACUUCCUUUUCUUGCUGAUUUUGCAGUUGAUUCCUCAGAUUUCCUCACUGGCCUGGUUUACAACAGUGGUGCCCCUGGUGCUGGUGCUGGCUGUAUCAGGAGUCAAGGAUGCCAUUGAUGAUUUUAAUCGACACAAAAGCGACAAACACGUCAACAACCGCCCAGUCCAGGUCCUGAUCAAUGGCAUGUUAAAGGAGCAAAAAUGGAUGAAUGUCCAAGUGGGGGAUAUAAUAAAACUAGAAAACAACAACUUUGUGACAGCUGAUCUCCUGUUGCUGUCGAGCAGUGAGCCACACAGCCUGACGUACAUCGAGACAGCUGAGCUGGAUGGUGAAACAAACCUGAAGGUGAAGCAGGCACUGACAGUCACUGCAGAGCUUGGAGAAGACCUUCAGAAGUUGACAGAGUUCAAUGGAGAAAUCAGAUGUGAGGCACCAAACAACAAACUGGAUAAAUUCACAGGAACUCUUACUCUUCGGGGAGAGAAAUAUGCCCUGGACAAUGAGAAGAUGUUGCUGAGGGGCUGUACUAUCAGGAACACAGAGUGGUGCUUUGGGCUCGUUAUUUAUGCUGGGCCAGACACGAAACUGAUGCAGAACAGCGGAAAAACAACUUUUAAGCGAACAAGCAUCGAUCGGCUCAUGAAUGUCCUUGUGCUGGUGAUCUUUGCAUUUUUAGCACUGAUGUGUCUCAUCCUAGCCAUUGGCAAUGGUAUCUGGGAGCAUGAUAAGGGCUACUACUUCCAGGUCUAUCUGCCCUGGGCAGAGGGCGUCAAUUCUGCCUCCUACUCUGGCUUCCUCAUGUUCUGGUCAUACGUGAUCAUUCUAAACACAGUGGUACCCAUUUCACUCUACGUCAGUGUGGAGAUUAUACGCUUGGGUAACAGUUUCUACAUCGACUGGGACCGUAAAAUGUAUUACCCUGCAAAUGACACGCCCGCUCAGGCCCGAACCACCACACUCAAUGAAGAGCUGGGGCAGAUCAAGUACAUCUUCUCAGACAAAACAGGAACUCUCACUCAGAACAUCAUGUGUUUCAACAAGUGCUCCAUCAAUGGCAAAUCCUAUGGUGAUGUGUAUGAUAUGUCUGGGCAAAGGAUAGAAAUAAAUGAGAACACACAGAAGGUUGACUUCUCCUACAACCCUUUAGCCGACCCGAAGUUUGCCUUCUAUGACCGCAGCCUGGUUGAAGCUGUGAAGCUGAAUGAUGUCCCGACUCACAGGUUCUUCCGGCUGCUCUCCCUUUGCCACACGGUGAUGCCAGAGGAGAAGAAGGAAGGUAACUUGGUGUAUCAAGCACAAUCUCCUGAUGAGGGAGCCCUAGUCACUGCUGCCAGAAACUUUGGAUUUGUGUUCCGGGCUCGCACACCAGAGACCAUCACUGUUGUGGAAAUGGGAGAAACAAAAGUCUACAAACUUCUGGCCAUUCUUGAUUUCAACAACGUUCGCAAGCGAAUGUCUGUGAUUGUGCGGAGUCCAGAAGGUGACCUGACUUUGUACUGCAAGGGGGCUGACACCAUUCUUUAUGAGCUGCUUCAUCCAUCCUGCAACUCUCUCAAAGAGGAGACCACAGAACACCUGAAUGAGUUUGCUGGGGAAGGCCUGAGGACACUCGUGGUGGCCUAUAAGAGCUUGGAGGAAGACUACUUCCAGGGUUGGAUCAGGCGUCACCAUGAAGCAAGCACUGCCUUGGAGGGACGGGAAGACAAACUGUCAGAGCUGUAUGAGGAGAUUGAAAAAGACCUAAUGCUGCUAGGUGCCACAGCCAUAGAGGACAAGCUACAAGAUGGGGUCCCACAGACAAUUGAGACUCUUGCCAAAGCCAACAUCAAGAUAUGGGUUCUCACUGGAGAUAAGCAAGAGACAGCAAUGAAUAUUGGUUACUCCUGCAACUUGCUGAAUGAUGACAUGGAAGAAGUUUUCAUUGUCGAAGGUAGCACAUCUGAUGACGUACUGAAUGAGCUGAGGAAUGCAAGAAAAAAGAUGAAGCCAGACUCCUUUCUGGACAGUGAUGAAAUCAACAUUCAGUUUGAAAAAUCUUCGAAAAAGCAAAUAAUUAUACCUGAUGAGCAAGCAAAUGGGGUGUACGGUCUGGUUAUCACUGGCCACAGCCUGGCUUACGCGCUGGAAGGGAACCUGGAGCUGGAGCUGGUGAGAACUGCCUGCAUGUGCAAAGUGGUGAUCUGCUGCCGGGUGACUCCCCUGCAGAAGGCCCAGGUGGUGGAGCUGGUGAAGAAGUACAAGAAGGCUGUGACCCUGGCGAUCGGAGACGGUGCCAACGAUGUCAGCAUGAUCAAAACUGCCCACAUUGGGGUUGGCAUCAGUGGCCAGGAGGGGAUGCAGGCGGUCCUGUCCAGCGACUUCUCCUUCGCGCAGUUCCGCUACCUGCAGCGCCUGCUCCUGGUCCACGGGCGCUGGUCCUACAUCCGCAUGUGCAAGUUCCUCAAGUAUUUCUUCUACAAGAAUUUUGCCUUCACCUUGGUGCAUUUCUGGUAUGGCUUCUUCUCAGGCUUCUCAGCACAGACUGUCUAUGAUGAGUGGUUCAUUACACUUUACAAUUUGGUAUACACCUCUCUCCCAGUGCUAGGAAUGAGUCUCUUUGAUCAGGAUGUGGAUGAUCGCUGGAGCAUGCUGUUCCCUCAGCUGUAUGUGCCUGGCCAGCAAAACCUCUACUUUAACAAGGUGGUGUUUGUCAAGUGCAUGUUGCAAGGGAUCUACAGCUCCCUCAUCCUCUUCUUCAUCCCCUAUGGGGCCAUGUACAAUACAAUGAGGAGUGAUGGGAAGGCCAUUGCUGACUACCAGUCCUUUGCUCUGAUGGCCCAGACCUGCUUACUGAUCGUGGUGUCUGUACAGAUUGGCUUGGACACCUCUUACUGGACAGUUGUCAACCAGUUCUUCAUCUGGGGCAGCCUUUCUGUUUAUUUUGCUAUCACCUUCACCAUGUACAGUGACGGCAUGUACCUGAUCUUCACAGCCUCCUUUCCCUUCAUUGGUACGGCUCGUAACACACUCAGCCAACCCAACGUGUGGCUGGCCAUCUUCCUCAGCAUCGCCCUCUGCGUGCUGCCCGUGGUGGGCUUCCGAUUCCUGAAGGCUCAGUUAAAGCCUACUCCCAGUGACAAAGUGCUGCUGAAGAUCAAGGAAGCCAAGAAGAGGCCCCCUCCGCCCUCUCCCAAGCGGCGCCUGCGCCGCACCAGCACGCGCCGCUCCGGCUACGCCUUCUCCCACCAGCAUGGCUUCGGAGCCCUCAUCAUGUCCGGGAGGAACAUGAGGCCAAAGUCACCUUUUGCCACAACGGGAACAUUUUCACCCAACAGUGACAAAUAUAAACACAAAGGAUUGUAA